AUGAGUGAACCAAAUUUUCUUAACUUAUAUGACGAUUCAUUAGAUCGAUUCAUCAAUAAACUUGAUAUGAAUCAAUUGUUUAAUUUUAAUAUCGAUAUAAAUGAAUUGCUUAUGCCAAUUCCAAAAGACAUAAAAAAGAUUCCCCGACCUAUGAAUUCAUUCUUAUGUUGUCGCCGAAAGAUUUAUUUACUUGCAAUUAAAAGAGGUUUAACUGAUGAAAUUGCAGAUGGUAAAUUUUUAACUCAAGUUACAACGAAAAUUUGGAAGCAUGCAAGUCAACUUCAAAAAAAUAUAUUUGUAGAAAUUGCCAAACAUAUUAAAAUGAUUGAGAAAGAACGUUAUGAGAAUUGUAAUGUUAAAAAAGUGGCAAAAGAAGUUGCAAAUGUUUUUGUGAAUGUGAACAUGGAAAAUUUUGGACAUAAAGAUAGGAUUCACAAGACGAACAAGAAAAAAUCUACAACACGUGUUAAGAAAACAACACCAUAUUCGAAUAAAAAAAAUGGGUCACAAAUUGACCAAAACCUUAUCAAUUCGAUUAAUUCUAUUUCAAAUCAAACUUUUAUCAAUACACAAAACGAUUUUUCAUUAUACGAAACAGAUCAGAUCGCUGUGAAUUUUCCUAUCAAUGCUGGUCUUCUACAAAAUGGUUUUGGAUGCAUUUACUUUCCGUUUUUAUUAGGAAAUACCUUGUUCGAUCAUACAUUGAGUCCCGGAGGACAACAACAUUACGAAAUACCUCAUGAAGUAUUAGAAGCCAAUAG